AUGUAUCUUCGUUACACGCUGGACGCUGAAGGAAAGCGCGUGUACACCAUGACCAAGGAUCAAGAAGGAGAGCCAACCCUUAACGCGCAUCCUGCACGGUUCUCCCCCGAAGAUACUUUUUCCGAGCAUCGCAUUAGAGUUAAAAAGCGUGCCGGACUUCUGAAAAUUAAGAUCGCUGCAAAGAAUGAUGUUUAUGUUGAUUCCAGGAUGGCGGUGAUGCACAGAGCUUUGUUUGUGUGGGUUUUAAUCCUUUUAUUUUUCAUCAUGCUCGUACUCAUCUUGGACCACCGAACGGAUUGGAACUGGUUUGUCGUGUUCGUUCCUAUGUGGAUCUUCGACGUCAUUGCCCUCGAAUACGUAAUUUUCAACAUUGUGAUGCAUCUGAAGAAUGGACACGACAGGAAUCGGACGCCGAUGCAGACGAAGCUGGUCUAUUUAUUUUGUUUUCUGUUGAAGACUGCCUUCGGGAUCUUACUGUGCCUGAGAUUGGAGUAUCCGGAGUGGAAGCUUCAUCUGGGAUUCGUUAUGUUGCCUCUGUGGAUUUUGCUGAUUGUGUUGCUGACGUAUUUGUCGAAGCGGUUGUACUUGAUGAUAGCCCACAGGCCGAUGGGCGUACGUCGGUCGUGAAUGCGAAGAUAUGACUAGUCUUCGCAACAGCUGUGAUAAUUUCAAGAUUGUUGGCCUUCGGAACUACCGGACGCAUCCGCGCUCUCGUCGCCGUACUUGAAAGUACGAUGGAAGGAUGAUUUCGUCUCUUCUACGUUGGAGUCCGUGCCAUAAGUCUGGGACUCGUUUUCGCCGCUGUUCUCCCUAUCGUACGAAUUGCAUCCGUAUCCCGUGCAUCCUGCCGUCGGCUUUUCGAGCUUGUUGUGUACGUUGAAUUCGAGUUCGAUUUCAAUUUCGGGUCCUUCGAUGUCGACCUCGGGUCCUUCGAUUUCGGGUCCCUCGACUUCGACCUUGGGGCUGGCAUCGACUUCCGGAUUGGCUUCAACGCUGUCGUCAAUCUUGACGUCGACCUUCUUGCUCUUCUUGCCGCCCUUUCGCUUGAGGAUGACGAUGGUGUUGCCGCCCUUCUUCUUCUUUCCGCGUUUGGCGAGCAGGAGGGACAAGUUGCUGAGUCCACUGAGGGAACUGUGUCCGCCUCCGUAGGAUCCGAGUCCGCCGCCGUAGGACCCAAGUCCGCCGCCGUAGGAUCCGUGGCUGCUGUGUCCGCCGCCGAAUUUGUGGCCUCGGAAUCCCCGGAGCAGUCCGCGAUGUAGUCCUCGGAGCCCGAUGCCUUUGUGACCGCCGAAACCGCCGCCGAGUCCCUUGUGAGACAGGCCGCCGAGGCUCCCGCCGCUGCUGGAGCCGCCGUAACCCUUAAGGGACAGGCCGCCUAGGCUACCGCCGCUGCUGGAACCGCCAUAGCCCUUGAGAGACAGGCCGCCGAGACUACCGCCGCUGCUGGAGAAUCCGCCGCCGAAGCCCUUGUGAGACAAGCCGCGAAGUCCGCUGCCGCUGCUGGAAAAGCCGCCGCCGUGGUUCAGGCCGCCGAAUUUCUUGUUGGCGUCCGUGGUGGUGAUGGCGACGCAUGCCGCGAGCGCGAGAACGAGCACGUACUUCAUUCUUACUUUGUGGAUUAUGUGAUGAGUGUCGGACCGCUUGAGCGAAUAUUUUUUGUUUCACUCUAGGCUUCCGUGAUGAACAAUCUGUGAAGAAGGAAUCAGUUCGGUUAGUUGAGACUUGAGAGAACAACGAAUUAGGUUCGAUAUUUAUUUUUUUGACGUGUUUCUUCGAUCGUUACCAUCUUCUUUGCAAUGACCAUUUAUUUAUUGAAAUAAUGCCGGAGGAUUUUCCCCUCGACAUAUCCAGGAAUUUAGUAAUUUUUUUGGAAGACUUGCUAUCGAUAGUUAUGCAGCUUCUUUUUAACGAAAUUUCAUUCAUGACGACAAUUCCGUCAGCCUCGUGAGUAAUUUUCAAGAUCAACUUGUAUUUUAAGAAGUUUUUAAUUUCUCGAGGGAAGUCAGUUUCCUGUUCGUUUUUUUUUUUUUCUAGUAAGAUUUCAUUCGUUCAUCCUAUAUUCUGAUACCCUAUCAUCUAUUUGUUACCAAGCUAAAAUGAGAAACGUGCCAAUCCGUUCUAAUUUGUCCGAAGUCGCAGAUGAUCGCUGUGCUAUGUUUUUUAACUAAGUCUGAUUAUUUUGGGGG